AUGGAGGGCGGUUGUGGAUCCCAGUGGAAGGCGGCAGGGCUCCUCUUCUGUGUCAUGGUUUUUGCGUCUGCCGAGAGACCCGUCUUCACGAAUCAUUUUCUUGUGGAGUUGCAUAAAGACGGAGAGGAAGAGGCUCGCCAAGUUGCAGCAGAACACGGCUUUGGAGUCCGAAAGCUCCCCUUUGCAGAAGGCCUGUAUCACUUUUAUCACAAUGGCCUUUCAAAGGCCAAAAGAAGACGCAGUCUACACCACAAGCGGCAGCUGGAGAGGGACCCCAGGGUAAAGAUGGCCCUGCAACAAGAAGGAUUUGACCGUAAAAAGAGGGGGUACAGGGACAUCAAUGAGAUUGACAUCAACAUGAAUGAUCCUCUUUUUACAAAGCAAUGGUACCUGUUCAACACUGGGCAAGCUGAUGGCACUCCUGGGCUAGACUUGAACGUGGCCGAAGCCUGGGAGCUGGGAUACACGGGGAAAGGAGUGACCAUUGGAAUUAUGGAUGAUGGAAUCGACUAUCUCCAUCCAGACCUGGCCAACAACUAUAACUCUGAUGCAAGUUAUGACUUCAGCAGCAACGACCCCUAUCCCUACCCACGAUACACAGAUGACUGGUUCAACAGCCAUGGAACUAGGUGUGCAGGAGAAGUUUCUGCUGCGGCCAGCAACAAUAUCUGUGGAGUCGGUGUGGCAUACAACUCCAAGGUGGCAGGUAUCCGGAUGCUGGACCAGCCCUUUAUGACAGACAUCAUCGAGGCCUCCUCCAUCAGUCACAUGCCUCAAAUGAUAGACAUCUACAGUGCAAGCUGGGGCCCCACAGACAAUGGGAAGACAGUUGAUGGGCCCCGAGAGCUCACACUCCAAGCCAUGGCUGAUGGCGUGAACAAGGGCCGUGGAGGCAAAGGCAGCAUCUAUGUGUGGGCCUCCGGGGACGGCGGCAGCUAUGAUGAUUGCAAUUGUGAUGGCUACGCUUCAAGUAUGUGGACGAUCUCCAUCAACUCAGCCAUCAACGACGGUAGGACUGCCUUGUACGAUGAGAGCUGUUCCUCCACCUUGGCAUCCACCUUCAGCAACGGGAGGAAGAGAAAUCCCGAGGCUGGUGUGGCCACCACAGACUUGUAUGGCAACUGUACUCUGAGGCAUUCUGGGACGUCUGCAGCUGCUCCUGAGGCAGCUGGCGUGUUUGCACUGGCGUUAGAGGCUAACCUGGAUCUGACCUGGAGAGACAUGCAGCAUCUGACUGUGCUAACCUCUAAGCGGAACCAGCUUCAUGAUGAGGUCCAUCAGUGGCGACGGAAUGGAGUUGGCCUGGAAUUUAAUCACCUUUUUGGCUACGGUGUCCUUGAUGCAGGUGCCAUGGUAAAAAUGGCUAAAGACUGGAAAACUGUCCCUGAGAGAUUCCAUUGUGUGGGCGGCUCCGUGCAGAACCCUGAGAAAAUACCACCCACUGGCAAGUUGGUACUGACCCUCGAAACAAAUGCAUGUGAGGGAAAAGAAAACUUUGUACGCUACCUCGAGCAUGUCCAAGCUGUCAUCACAGUCAAUGCAACCAGGAGAGGAGACCUGAACAUCAACAUGACCUCCCCCAUGGGCACCAAGUCCAUUUUGCUGAGCCGGCGUCCAAGAGAUGACGACUCCAAGGUGGGCUUUGACAAGUGGCCUUUCAUGACCACCCAUACCUGGGGGGAGGAUGCCCGAGGGACCUGGACCCUGGAGCUGGGGUUUGUGGGCAGUGCGCCACAGAAGGGGUUGCUGAAGGAAUGGACCCUGAUGUUACAUGGCACACAAAGUGCCCCAUACAUCGAUCAGGUGGUGAGGGAUUACCAGUCUAAACUGGCCAUGUCCAAGAAGCAAGAGCUGGAGGAGGAACUGGAUGAAGCUGUGGAGAGGAGUCUGCAAAGUAUCCUGAGGAAAAACUAG